AUGGACAAAAAAAUUUCUCUUAACGAAAUAUGUUCCGUUUACAAACGAUGGGUAAUCAAUAAUCCUGGCUUAGUCACUGAUGUUGAAACUGUUGCAACAUGGUCGUCGUAUUUUGUUGCGGGAAAAAUAAAUAAAUCGCCAAUAAUUUCUGAACUUGUGUAUUCACUGUCUAAAAUUCUGUCAUUGUUUAAUGAUAGAAUCAUUAGAGAUGCCUAUGGGAAUGAAACACAGCAAUAUAGUUUGCGAGAGCAAAUAAAGAUAUGGCUUACCGUCAUCCAUUACUGUGAAGUUUUUGUGGAACUAGUUGUAAAGAACAGAUGGGGCAACAAAGGAAAGUGGACCGUGGCAACUUUGCUUCAGCUAUUCAAGUGCUCAUCAGCGUUUGUAUUACUCUAUAGGUAUAAAGAGAUACCUAUUCAACAUCCCCCAAUACCAGCCUUGCAAAGAAAGAAAGUUACUGAAGGUAAAGAUGCUGAUGCAGAAUCUAAUGCAUUUUUUACAUUAAAAAGAUCAGGGCGAGUUGUGCGACGUAUUGAUGGUGCACCACCCAUUGCAUUGAGGGAUUGGCAGCCCUUAAAAAUUAAAGAUGACAUGAUGUCGUCUAAUAUAGAAGAGAAAAAUCUCUUACAAGCAGAAUUAAUACAUGUCUUAAAACCGCUCGUCCACUUAGCAUCAAUGAGAAUAUUUGGCAGUAAAUCAUGGAAGCAAUGGUUAAUAGCUCUAGGACUUGAUGUUGCAAGUUUCAGACUUUAUAACAGACACAUGGAGAGUUUGUCUUAUGACCAAAGACUAGAGAUUAGCCGUAGAAAACUUGGAUUAGUUUUGUAUCUGCUACGUAGUCCAAUGUACAAUGGUUAUUCCAAAAAUGUAUUAGAAAGUGUACUCACGUCUACUUCAAAUAAAAUACCAAUGAUGUCGUUUAUAUGUGGACCCAUAAUUCAGUAUUUAAGUCACUGGCAAGAUAUUUACUUUUACAUGUGGGCAUCGUAAAUGAUAAAAAAGGCAAUGUUAUUUAAAUUUUUUUAACUUAUGUAAAGAAUUUGAAGAUUGUAGGUAUUUUAUAUAUAAAGUAAUUAUGUAAACAUCAAUAUCAAUAGAAAGUAAUAUUUUGAAUAACAUGUGGCUUCCACAAAUAAUUUAAAUAAAUAAGGAAAAACUAGAAAAUGUAAAAAUAAAAAUUGUCAUUGAACACUAUUUUCCUUUACUUAUAUUUUGUUUUUAAGCUUUUGACAUGUGGUAAUUAAGAAUACAUUUUGUAAUUAAAUGGGUUUUUUAAAUUAUAUUUUAUAAUAUAUGGGUAAUAUAAAAUAAAAAUUAGAUGU